CCGAAGUAAUGGGCUGAGGUACCAAAUUAGCUCGCGUUUGGACAAUUGGUGUAGCGUUGGUGAACCGACACUUUUCUCAUUAAUUAAUCAUAUUUGUAUAGCCCACUCACCAGCCGAUUAACGUAACCCUUACCCUCUUACGAUUCACGAGGGAAAGAGUGCAGGUUUCUCCAGACCCGAUCUCGACGACGACGAGCGAACUAGGCAACCAACGAAGAACGUACGAAGCCAUCAAACCAACGAACGAACCACGUCAGUGUACAGGUCUAAUUGAAUGAUGGCAAAAAGAAAGCGCACAAGUACACUUCGCCAAAAGAAGACUAAAGUGAAUCAUAUGCGGGCUGCCAGCAAACCUUCAACUCAAAAGAGAUUAACCAAAAUUCAGAGGGAAAGAAUGCAAUUCCAUGAAAAAUUUCAGAAAUUAUCAGAAUUCGCGUUAAGAGACUACAAUGAUAAACAUGGAACAUGCUUGGUGUUUUCUAGCAUUUUUUGCUACCAAAGUUCUCCUGUCCGGCGUGGUUGUACUGUGGGCUUUCACCAAAGAUACAAAAACUGGAUUCAUAUCAACUUCUAUGCUAGACACCCUGACGCCAAUCCCAGCGACAAACCACUGCUUUUGUUUGCUGAACUGUAUUCAGGCUGUCCUAAAGAAGAAGAAGAGCAUGUUCUUACUACAUUGUCGCUUGUUGAACCUAUGGGGAACGAGUCUGGUUGUUCUCGUUGCACAUCUUGCAUUCGGCACCCGUCUCAUUUAUUUCAUGGAGGUUUCAUGCAUAAUUGUCUGAUGAAAGGACGUGAGGACAAGGACAGCAUCGGCAGAACUAGGUCUGUUCAAAAGACAACGACCCAAAAACAGACCCAGGGGUUUGCUUCUUUGGCAAAAUUUGCAUUAAAAGAUUACAACAACAAGCACAAAACAAAGUUGGAGUAUGUGAAGGCCGUGAAGCGCCAUAGUUUUGAAUGCAUGGGUCUUUCUAUGGACUUCAGAGAAAAGUAUACAAUAUGGGAUCAUAUGAACUUUGUGGCUAGGCGCCGCAACAGUGAUGGUAGCUACGAAGACCUGAUCUUGUUUGCUGAAGUCUAUCUAGGGGAUGACAAUAAACCUGUGCUUGCCACAUUGUUACCCCUGAUCGAGUAUUUUACUCUUAAUGAGAGUGGAUGUCUCUAUUGCCCAAAUACCAUUCGUCACCCUCAUCGUGAUUGUCUGUAUUAUUAGAAAGGAAGUGGCGGGACAAAAAGGAAUCUAUGGCUCCUCUCUGGAGUUGCAUAGACUACGAUGCCAUCACCACUGAUGAAGACAUGGUAGGCUGUACAACGGUAUAAAAUGUUUGGGACAAAACGACUGUUUUGAAGUUAUGUUCUUCGAUAUUCCUACUAAUUUCCAGUAGUUUAAAUGAAUUGUUUUUCCCUACUUUUCUGGAAGCAAAACUUUAUUUGGUUAACUUGUAAACAUUCUGGACUCUAGUUAGCACUUUCAAGUUCUGUAAUCACGAUUGCAGCCAUGACUUAUCUGAGUAUUUCAGUGAAAUAGCGAAGUCUUACGUAUCAUUGUUGGACAGGAAAGAUGCGUUGA